AUGGCUCCUCAACUCGCAUGGCUGGGCCUCGGCAACAUGGGCCGAGGCAUGGCCAAGAACCUCGCCGCCAAAGGCACCCCCAGCCUCCCCCUCAUCAUCUACAACCGCAGCAUCGCCCGCGCACAAGAAUUCCAAGCCGCGACCCCCAACACCAUCAUCGUCCCGACCAUCUCCGAAGCAGUCACCAAAUCCGACAUCAUCUUCACCUGCGUCGGUGACGACGCCGCCAUCCAAGCCAUCAUCGACACCAGCAUCGCCAGCGGCACCUCCCUCCAGAACAAACUCUUCGUCGACCUCUCCACCGUGCACCCGGACACCACCACCUCCAUCUCCACCAAACUCCACUCCCACGGCGCCUCCUUCGUCGCCAGCCCCGUCUUCGGCGCCCCUCCCAUGGCCGCCGCGGGCCUGGUCAUCCCCGUCCUCGCGGGCCCCCGCGCCGCCGUCGACCAAGUGAAACCCUACACGACAGGGGUAAUCGCCAAAUCCAUCGUCGACUUCAGCGACCAACCCCCCGCAAAGGCCUCCCAACUCAAAAUCCUCGGCAACACCUUCGUCCUCGGCAUGGUCGAAAGCAUCGCCGAGGGUCUCGUCGUCGCAGACAAAUGCGGUCUAGGCACGGACGCGCUACACCAGUUCUUCGAGGCGGUGUUUCCGGGGCCCUACGUGGCGUAUUCGGCGCGGAUGCGCUCGGGCGAUUACCAUGAGCGAGCGGAGCCGUUGUUUGCGGUGGAUUUGGCGCGCAAGGAUGCAAGACAUGCGCUGGAUUUGGCGGCCAAGGCUGGGGCCACGAUGAAGAGUGUGGAGUUGGCGGAUGCGUAUAUGGGCAAGGUGAAGGAGCACAUGGGGGCCCGGGGGGAUGUCGCGGGGAUGUAUGGGGCUGUGAGACAGGAGGCGGGGUUGGAGUUUGAGAAUAAGCAGUGA